AUGGUUGAAAUUACCAUCCGAAAGAGAUCACGGACUGAAGCAGUGGUCACACAGCGCAAGUUCUUCAAGAAGACAGCCCGAGGGAAGGUCGUCAAAGCAGUACUUCGCGAAAGAUACCUACGGGACGAUGUAGGAUGCGGUAUACACGGCUGUAGCGUGUGUUCAGACACGACCCAAUUCAACCUACCUUCCACUGGGUCGCUCGAGCAUGAGCUCUUCCCUGAUGGGCAUUAUAUUUUGCCGGAUACCAAUGAGUUCCUCUCCCAGAUGGAUCUGUUCGAGUCCGAUGCCUUUGCUCCUCCAUUGAUCUUGUUGCAAACCGUCGUGGAAGAAGUCCGGCAUCGCUCGCUGCCGCUCUAUAAUCGACUGAAGACACUCAUGAAGACUGAGGGCAAGAAGAUUUGGGUCUUCUACAACGAGUAUCGCUCUGAGACAGCCAUCAUCCGCGAGGAGGGAGAGUCUCCUAACGACCGAAAUGAUAGAGGCAUCAGAAAAGCUACAACGUGGUACAACUCACACAUAUCUCUCGCACGCCCUCCUGUUCGCGGCCAAUCAAAACGAGUACUGCCGACUGUCGUCCUUCUCACAGACGACGUCGCGAACCGUCAAAAAGCGGAGAAAGACGGACUAAAUUGCGUGUCAGGCAAGCUCUAUCUCCCAAAGGCUUAUGUAGAAGGAAUGAAAAAUCCCGCCAAUCUUCUCGAUUUGCUCUCGACGGCGGUAUCAGAAGAGAUCGAGCCAACGAAAGCGGUAGCCGCUCGCCAAGCUUUGUAUCCAGAUUAUUUGUCGCUGUCAACGCUGCUUGCCGGAGUCAAGUUCGGCCAGCUGCAUCAAGGCCAUUUCAAUGCGAAUCAAUAUAACUAUCUUGAGGGGAGUGUGCCGGUACCAGCUCUCGACAAGCCUAUCCUACUUAUCGGACGCGAAAAUAUGAACCGUGCUGUGCAGGGAGACAUCGUCGCCGUCGAAAUCUUCGACGAAAAAGAGUGGAAAGCACCUGCAGAUGAGGUUGUCGAUCAAGAGACAACGCUCAGGAACGAUGAUGCCGAAGAGUCAGAAGAAGAGGAGGACGAUGAGGAGAUUCUCGCUGAGCGUCGUGUAGUGCAGGCUGAACUCGCGAAAAGACAAGCUGCCACAAAGCAGCCAACAGGGCGCGUCGUUGGAAUUAUCAAGCGCAACUGGAGAUCAUACGUAUGCCACAUUGACAGCACCUCGCUAACAUCGUCAAGCACCACCUCGCUCUCUCAACAAACCGUGUUCGCGACCCCAGUCUCACGCCUCCUCCCUCGCAUCCGCAUGCGUACACGCCAGGCACCAGCGCUCCUCGGGCAGAAGAUCCUUGUUACGAUCGACAAGUGGGACAGCACGUCGCGAUACCCCGAGGGCCACUUCGUGCGCGCACUCGGCAAGGUUGAGAGCAAGGAGGCCGAACAGGAGAGUCUGUUGCUGGAGUAUGACAUCCCGUACAGGCCGUUCGGAAAAGCUAUUUUGGAUUGUUUGCCGCCUGAGGGCGACAGUUGGGUCGUUCCGCCGAAGGACCUUACUCACCCGGAAUGGAGGGAUAGGGAGGAUUUGAGGGACCUGAUUAUUUGCAGCAUAGAUCCUCCAGCUUGUCAAGAUAUUGAUGAUGCAUUGCAUGCUCGUCCACUGCCCAAUGGCAACAUCGAGGCGGGCGUCCAUAUUGCCGAUGUCUCGCACUUCGUGCUUCCGGACAAUCCAAUGGAUCACGAGGCCGCGGCAAGAGGAACGACCGUAUAUCUCGUUGACAAGCGAAUAGACAUGCUGCCAGCCCUCCUUGGAACGAACCUGUGCUCUCUUCGACCUCACGUUGAGCGCCUUGCGUUCUCAGUAAUUUGGGAACUGACUCCUGAAGCAGAGAUUGUCAAUGUUCGGUUCAAGAAGUCCGUGAUUGCCUCGAAGUCGGCGUUCACUUACAAGGAAGCGCAGACUCGAAAGGAUGACCCGAAGUUGAACGACGAUUUGACGAGGAGUAUCCGGCUGCUCAAUUCGCUCGCUCGCAAGCUAAAGGAAGUCAGAAUGGCCGCUGGUGCGCUGAACUUGGCCUCCCCAGAGGUCAAGAUACAGAUGGACAGUUCUGAGUCAUCGGAUCCGAUCGAUGUCGAGCAGAAGGAGCUGCUGGAAACGAACAGCUUGGUGGAGGAGUUCAUGUUGCUUGCGAACAUCAGUGUGGCAAGGGAGAUCGAGGAGGCGUUCCCGCAGACUGCCGUCCUCAGACGGCAUCUUCCUCCUCCUCGAGCGAAUUUCGAGAAGCUGCAAGAUAUACUGCUCAAACGCAGGGGGAUGAAGCUCGACGUGUCCAGUUCCGGAGCACUUGCGGCCUCACUGGAUAAGUGCAUUGAUCCAGACGAGCCUGCAUUCAAUACCCUUGUCCGCAUCAUGGCGACACGCUGCAUGUUAGCUGCGGAGUACUUCUGCUCCGGAAGUGUCGCACGGGACACAUUCGGACACUAUGGUCUGGCCAUGCCGAUAUAUACUCACUUCACCAGUCCUAUCCGACGCUAUGCCGACGUGCUUGUCCAUCGCCAGCUUUCUGCUGCAAUAGGCUACUCCUCUCUCCACGCGACACUGCACUCGAAGUCCCAUGUCGAGCGUGUGCUCGAUGUGGUGAACCGACGACAUAGGAUGGCUCAGAGGGCUGGCCGAGCAAGUGUGGAGUUCUACGUCUCCUUGGCGCUGAGGGCACGCGGGGAGAAAGGAUCGACGGUUGAGGAGGCUUUUGUAAUCAGAACGUUCAGAAAUGGCGUAGCCGUCUACGUGUCGAAACUGGGCAUCGAGGGCCUCGUGACGUUCAAGCAGGAGAUCCAAUUUGAUGCGGAUGCGUACACUAUCACGGUGCCUUCCGCGACCAAGCCCUCCACUAUUGCUGUGUUUGACAAAGUCAAGGUCAAUGUCGAGAUCGAAAAGGACAAGAACACCCAACGCGGACGAGUGAAGAUGUUUCUGGUCAGUCCCAUCGAUUCGCGAAAUCUUUAG